AUGUCCGGACGUGGUAAAGGCGGGAAGGGAUUAGGUAAAGGAGGCGCCAAGAGGCACCGUAAAGUGCUCCGCGAUAAUAUCCAGGGCAUCACUAAGCCGGCUAUCCGGCGCUUGGCACGGAGGGGAGGUGUUAAGCGAAUCUCCGGCCUCAUCUACGAGGAGACCCGCGGAGUGCUCAAGGUCUUCCUGGAAAAUGUCAUCCGAGACGCCGUCACCUACACCGAGCACGCCAAGAGGAAGACCGUGACCGCUAUGGAUGUGGUGUAUGCUCUGAAACGCCAGGGCCAAAAGGUUCCAACGCACUUGCAUCAGACGAGUACAGAGCUCGCUAUGGCCCGCACCAAGCAGACCGCCCGCAAAUCCACCGGAGGGAAGGCUCCCCGCAAGCAGCUGGCCACCAAGGCUGCCAGGAAGAGCGCCCCGGCUACCGGCGGAGUCAAGAAGCCUCACCGCUACCGGCCCGGGACGGUGGCUCUCAGGGAGAUCCGCCGCUAUCAGAAAUCCACCGAGCUGAUCAUCCGCAAACUGCCCUUCCAGCGCCUGGUCCGAGAGAUCGCCCAGGACUUCAAGACCGAUCUGCGCUUCCAGAGCGCUGCGGUCAUGGCGCUGCAGGAGGCCAGCGAGGCUUAUCUAGUGGGGCUCUUCGAGGACACCAACCUGUGUGCUAUCCACGCCAAGAGAGUCACCAUCAUGCCCAAGGACAUCCAGCUGGCCCGCAGGAUCCGCGGGGAGAGAGCUUAG